CAGGCCGCCUAUUUGGGCCCCGGUCUCGCCGUCUCCGACGUGACGGCCGAGCUGCUGCGCGUUCCUGGCCUCUCGUCCGUGCAUCUUCUCAUCUCCUCACAAAUAUCUCGCUGCCGGGGCAGGCCACCGUCGCGCGCGGCAUAAUAGCACGGCGCUUUCAGACAGCCUCCUCCGCCACCACCGGCACCGCCCGCGCAAUUAACGCCACCGCUAAUAACGAGCGCGGCUGCGGCCCAGCAAUACCAACACACACCACCGGCAGCAUACCGGUCGAUCGACUCGACAUGUCGUCGAGGCCGAGCAGGAGCGACGCGCACCUGUCCCCGGUGGACGAGGCGGUGAGGGUGGACGAGGUGCGGGGGUACUACGACGGCGCGGCUCCCAAGCGCCACUCCAAGCCCUCCCGCAGCGACCACUCCGCCGUGUACACCGACGCGCUCGCCGGCCCCGGCGUCGACGGCUCCCACCCCGAGCUCGACAAGUUCCAGGACCUCGAAGCCCACUCCGAGAAACUGGUGUGCGAGGGCGGGAAGGCCGGCGAGGAGUUCGUGGAGACGGAGUACUACAAGGACCUCGGCUGUGUCGGCAAGCAGCAUCACACGACUGGGACGGGCUUCAUCAAGGUGGACAGGCCCGCCGGCGGCUCGUUCGAGCUCUCUGAAGACCCGGGUGCGACGGAGCGCCAUGCUUCCUCCAAGGGGAACCCCGCCACAAACGACUGGAUCCCGUCAGCUGACACGGUGUACCAGGAGGCGUCAGACAAGCCCAACAGAAGCGACAGCUGAGCCGGGCGAUGAUCUACAGCCAACAUGAUCAGAUGCGUAUGACUUCCGGUUAAAUCGGCUAUUAAAAAAAUAAAGGGCGCGUAUUCGUGUAUGUCAGCCAUUUGUUAUUGGGAUUCUUGUGAGGUUCUAUCUACAGUACUUGUCAAACUCUCAAACUCGUGGGUCGUUUUGGGAACCUGUGUUGUGGAUGUGGAACUGAAUGAAGUGCAGGACAUAUACAGUAAUAAAUCACAAGUCUGUUCACUUCGUA